GACAAAAUAUGAGUUUGGCAAAUUUAAAGACAAAUUUAUAUUACGGAAUACGUGUGAUAAUUUUUCCUCGUGUUUGGUGCAUGUCUUUUCCUGUUAUGCAAUAAGUGUGAUAACAGCAUCGCAAACAAAAUGGGUAUUUUAUCACUACCUGUUUUGGCACUGAUCGCCAUUGUGGGUGUGGUGAUCAAGGCAGUCCUGUACUUCACCGCAAAAUCUCCAUCUGAGAAUCCAUUCAAGGAACCAAUAAGGACACCAGUAAAGCCGAAAGUCACUGACCAGAAGAAACGAGAUGCCGUCCUCAAGCAAGGCUUUAGUGAGGACAAAGUGCCAGCAGACUUAGAUGCCAUAGUUGUGGGCAGUGGUAUUGGAGGAAUGUCAACAGCAGCCAUUAUGGCCAAAGCAGGAAAGCGAGUGUUGGUUCUGGAGCAGCAUGACCAGGCUGGAGGGUGUUGUCACACCUUCAUUGACAAGAACUAUGAAUUUGAUGUAGGUAUCCACUACAUUGGCGAAAUGCAAUAUCAGUCCAUUAGUAAGACUUACUUCGACCAAAUCACAGAUGGACAAGUGGAAUGGGAACCUCUAGAUGAAACGUAUGACGAGGUCAUUUUCGCCGAACCAGAAAAGCCAGUUCGCAAAUACCCAGUGAGAUGUGGCAAAGGAAACUGGGCCUCUGACCUCAAAAAGUUCUUCCCAUCAGAGGAGGCCAAUAUUGAUAAAUUUUUUGACUUGUUGGAAAAAAUCCGUGAAGGCAAUUCCAAAUCAGUUUUAGUGAAGGUGCUUCCACUCUGGCUUGUGUGGUUUCUAAAUACUACAGGCCUUCUUAGCUACAUCACUGAUUUCUAUGACUGGAAUGCAAAAUCUUGUAAGGAGGUUGUGUAUGGAAUAACAGAAAACCAGGAGCUCCGGGACAUCUUUUGCUAUUGCUUUGGAGACUUUGGUACCCCUCCAAGCAAAGCAGGCUUCCCAAUGCAAACUCUGCUUCAUACUCAUUUUCAAAAAGGUGCUGCAUAUCCCAUUGGAGGAGCAUCAGAGAUUGCUUUUCACAUUAUUCCAGUCAUUGAGGCUGCAGGAGGCAGAGUGCUUGUGCGAGCUGAAGUUACUCAAAUACUUAUUGAUUAUAAAGGGGCAACCAGUGGUGUUCAGGUGAAGAAAGGAAAAGAGAUUUAUAAUAUUCAGGCCCCAAUUGUGAUAUCAGCAGCAGGACUCUACAACACAUACGAGCGUCUGUUGCCUAUAGAUAUAGCUUCAUCAUCAAGGAUAUGGCCAGUAUUGCAGGACCUUGAACAUGGGCCAGGUGCUAUGUCUGUCUUUGUAGGCCUGGAUUGCUCUGCUGAAGAACUUGAUAUCUUACACAAAAAGAAUGCUUGGGUGUUCACCGGCAAUGAUUUAGAUAAGCUCACCCUGAACUAUUUAAAUCUCACUCGGGAACAAGCAAUGGAUGUUGACAUACCUCUUCUGUUCAUCUCCUUCCCUUCAACUAAGGACCCAGAAUGGGAUAAAAAGUACAAAGGUAAAACUACCAUGGCAAUUGUUACCUUGAUGCCAUACCACUGGCUGGAACAGUGGAAAGAUGAGCGGGUGAUGAAGCGAGGAGAUGAGUAUGAGAGCAUCAAGAAAAUCUUUGGACACAAGGCAGUUGAACAGGCUUGUCAGCUUUUCCCGUCGAUCAGGGACCACAUUGACUACGUGAACAUCGGAACUCCACUGUCUAAUCAGCACUAUCUUGGUGCCCCUCAAGGGGAGAUCUAUGGUCUUGAUCAUACUCGGGAGAGAUUUUCAGCAUGGGCCAAUGCAGUGCUUAGGCCUAAAACUGAUAUACCUGGACUCUUUAUUUCUGGACAAGACAUCUGCUCCUGUGGCUUUUCAGGUGCCCUUUGGGGAGGUUUUCUCUGUGCUUCUGCAGCACUAGAACGUAACGUGUUCAAUGACCUUGUAGAUGUCCACAAAAGGGGAAAGGCAUUGAAGAAGUCAGACUAAAAGCAGGAAAGGGAUAUCCCUCUUUGUUUUUCUUUAGCACAAAGUAUUUGAGCAUCUUAUAAGUUGAUAUUGUAUGUAGAAUCUAGAUUUGAAUUAUUCAAAAUUCAUGCUGGACAAAUUGUAAACAGUAAAAAGGAAAGAAACAGGAACACACAAAUAUGUGAAAAGCCUAUUGCUAUAUUGCUUCUUCAUACUCUGAAGGAACAGUAUGGCAUAAAAGCUUUCAGCAUAUGCAUGUUUUGUCCUGCCCUUCUUUUCAUUAUUUUCUUUAGUGUAUUGAUUCAUGAAAUUUUGUUUUAGAUACAUGUUUGAGAUGUUCAUGUGUGUUUUGUAGCAUCUAUUUGUAUCAGGAGUGAGUGUGAAAGCAUGUUUGCAGUAGUGAAUUUGGUAAUGUUUAAUACUGGUGCUAAUUAUAGUUGUUAAAGAAUAUAUAUUUUAUAACCAGUGUAAGUUGGACCUUCAAGCACAGCAUGAUUGAGGAGAGAUAAAUGUGUUUCUAUGGACUUGAAUGAUCAUAGCCCAGGGCAUAUAUUUUUUUAGCAUUUCUUUGGUUGGUUGAAUCUUUUAUCCUUUCUUGGUUAGUGAAUAGACAUGAAUGAGGAUGUCCAAAUCAGAUAACUAACUUUAGUAUUCUCAUAUUAUCCUUUCAAACUUUUACAAGGUUGCAGUCCUGGUUAUAGCUAAUCAAAGCAAAGCACAGCAAAGAUAAACCUCCUCCUUCUUCUCCCCCCCCCUCCUCUCUCUCUCUCUCU